AUGGUGCCACUCUACCUGCUACUCCUUAUACCUAUCGUGAUUGCUUCAGAACCAGAACAUUCCGGUGCUUACUCAUCCCCUCAAUACGCGAAGAAAAUGUUCCCCAAGAACUACGACUCAACCGCAUUCCUACCCAAAGAAAAACAAACAGCCCAAUUCAAGAGUCACCAAGACAUUGAUAGAGUCGACGACUACUCCAACGAUACGUCUGGCUACGCGAGAUCCUCGUUCCUGGAAUCAGCUGGAAACUUUCUAAGUGGUACCGGAGGUCAAGUUGUGUCGAGUCUGGCGAAGGACUUCAUUGCCAGGUCCACUGGGAGUAGCCAGGUGCUUAGUUUGAAUCUGACAAACCUGGUGAUACUGAUCGUGCUCAAGGCUCUCAUACUAGCCGCUGGAUUCUUCGGAGCUGGUGCUUGGAAGGGGCACCAUUAUGGAAGAAGCUUGGAUGACAACAAGAACGCCAGCUACUUGACUGAAGACGAGAUACUGCUGUACCUGAGCUACCUCGCGGGACAGCAGAGCCAGGACUACGGCUGCCUGUACAGGAUGUCCUGCCAGAAACCACACCAGGCGGCGCUCUAUGCUUCUGGAGCGGAGCUGUUACUGCAGGGAACGAAACUGUUCCAAGGAAACAGCAUCGAGUUAGAGCCAUACGAGGACAUAUCCAACGGCAUCAGAGAGGCGGCGUCGAGGGGCGAGCGGGGGAUGCCGUGCCAGCGCUACCAGUGCACGUAG